CUCUCUCGUCCAAUCAGGUACGUCGAACGGUUUUACCAGUGUGCCGGACGUUAGGGGUUGCAUUCGCUUAGCACAACGUGUAUUUCCGACCAACACUUAAAGGUUUUACAGUUUAGAUACGAUGGGUCGACGCAAGUCAAAAAGAAAGCCUCCUCCUAAGAAAAAGAUGACUGGGGACCUGGAAUCUCAGUUCACCUGCCCCUUCUGCAACCACGAGAAGUCAUGUGAUGUUAAAAUGGAGAGAAGCAGAAAUACUGGGAUAAUAUCGUGUUCUGUGUGUUUGGAAGAGUUCCAAACUCCCAUCACUUAUCUGUCAGAGCCGGUGGACGUGUACAGCGAUUGGAUAGACGCCUGCGAGGCAGCCAACCAGUAGUCCUCAUCCAGCUGGAGGCAUCGCGUGAACGUGGAGAGGAUGAGCAUGUGGAUGAAGGGGGUGCACCCACUUGGAGCGAGUCAGAACAUAAUUGAGACCUUCAAUUAUGUUAUUGACAGAUUUUUAUGGUCUUUAGAGAUUUACAGCACAGAAAUGCUCAGAAGUAUUUCUCUAAUUGAAGAGUUUUUCUCUCCCUAAGAAAGGUUGUGACCCAUAGCUCCACAUUGACUUAGGAUGUGUUCCAUCAUUUUUCCCUUUGCUGCGUUGCCUGUUUUAUCUUUAGAUCUUAUUUUUUUUGUAAUAGUUUCUUAGAUCUCUUGGAUUCAAGUUUUUAGGUUCUGGUUUUUAGCUUACAAUAGUUGUCCAUGUCAGGCUGUGGUAAAGUUAAGUAGACCUAGACAAACAUGCUUUUAUUUUGUAGAUCUAUGGCCAAAUUGAUAUCACUGUUUUAAUUGUUGCAAAAAGUGAAUUUUGACUGCAUUCAUUUUUGAUUAAAGGUCGCUAGAGUGCAGUGCUCAAACUGAUUUUCCAGACAGCAGAUUCUAUUAGUUUCAUUUAAAAGUGUUGACUGCACCAAAACUGCAUGAAAGAAUCCGAAUUUCACUCAGUGGGAAACAAACACUCGUCAGACAAGUUGAGGAAAAGUAACUUUUUAUUUGUUGGUCACUUAGAUAUGCAAUAACUAAAUAGAAACAUUUAACUGAAGCAAUAUAUAAACAGGUGAUCACGCAAAGGGGUCUGAUGCAAAACGAUGAUACACAUCAAAGAAUACAGAAAAUAUGAUUCAUUUUUGCUAAAUUAUUAUACAAAUGUGACAUUUUUAAAACAUUUAAGCAGUAUUUUUGUAUAUGGUCAUGCUGUUUCUCUAUUCCCUUUGCUAAACGCUGUUUGUCCUCAUGACCUCACCUUGAUUUUAAAGUUCAAAAUGUUACCACUUGUGUACAUUCAGACUACAAUUGCAUUCAGACAGUCUGCAUAUUUUGUGUCAAUUAUAAAAUCAUGACAGACGGGGGCUUCUCAGGGUGAAUGUUGAUGCAUUUUAGGUCACCAAUAAAGCUGGAUUAAGUCAUGCGCUGCAAUUACUUUAAGCAUCUCAAAUAAAAGCAGCAAUUGAUCCUAGUCUUUUGUGCAAGUGUGAAACAAUCCAUACUGUUGGUUGUCAGUGAAGCGCUGCCCUGCUGCUUUUAUUCAUGAUUACUAGAAACCCUCUGUGUCCUCAGACUAUUGUAUCAACUUCUAGAUCAUCCCACAAUAGAAAGUAGCAGAAAAAUGGACGGGGUUUAUGCUGAGCUUCUGAAUUGUUCAUACUCCAUUGAGCUUCUGGUGUGAUUGCAUAUUACCAUGUAAUGAAAUAACCAUUUGAAAGAGGGAUUAAUGAUUUUUAACAACCAUGCAUGUACAGAAGUGCACACUUUGUAAUCUUAAUUAACACUUUAAUGCUAUUUUCCUACAAGAGCGACAUCAAACGAAGCUCGCUUGUAAACAUAUAACUUCAAUUUUCAUCAAA